AUGGAUCUCUUGGUUCCUGCAUCAGUUCGGCAGCAGCCUGAGGCCCACAGCCACUUGUUCAGCAGUCUUCAGUUCCAGAGCUUUUACGACAGACACAUGGGACAGGUGAGGGAGACGGAGACUUGGAUGCCGAUGAAGACCACACAGAAGGCCCUGUCCUCGCACAAAGACCUGGAGUCCUCAGGAGACUCCCAGAACGCAUCAGACUUUGGCUUCACCGAUGAUGAAGAUGAUGAUGACGAUGAAGGCUCAGACCUCUACGACGAGUUCUCUGGCUCUGGGGAUGAAGAAACCACGGUCCCUCCCAAACAGAAGGGAAAACCAUCCAAAACGCCUUUUGUGAACAGCAACAAGAUCCCGGAUAUGGAGCGUCCAGAGCAACCGGCCGUCAACGAGGAAGAACUCGUCAAAAACAGCAACGAGAUCCAACUCCGAAACAAACCGGAGAGCGAGGAGCAUCCAUCCAACGUCCUCAUGUCCCACGCCACAGAAGACAGCAUCUUCAACAAGACGGAAGUCCUGGCAGCUCUGAUCGCAGGUGGCGCCGUGGGGCUGAUGUUUGCGGUUCUGCUCAUCCUUCUGCUCAUUUACCGCAUGAAGAAGAAGGACGAGGGCAGCUACGAACUCGGCAAGAAGCCAAUCUACAAGAAGGCCCCGACCACGGAGAUCUAUGCGAGAGACGCUCCCUCUUCAUCACCUCCUCCUCCUCUCAGCGAUCAGGAGAGACGCUCCCUCUUCAUCACCUCCUCCUCUCAGCGAUCAGGAGAGACGCCCCUCCUCACCACCUUCUGA